UCGAGAGGACCAUGAACGUUGCCUCCGCCCACCCUCUGCAGUCCGCCCUCCUCUGCCUCCUCCGCCAGCGCAAGCGCAUCCGAUCCUUCGACCAAAUCCACGCUCUGCUCCUCACGUCCGGCGUCACCAAGGACUCCUUCGUGGCCGCCGAGGUCGCCGCCCUUCUUCCUGCUUUUGUGGAUCCUCCCGCGGCCUACUCAGCCGUCAAGCACAUCCACGGCGUCCGCCGCUACCAGUUCCCCCUGCUCUUCAACUCGUUGAUCUCCGGCUAUGCCAGGAGCAAGCACCCACACCUGGGCAUCGUCGCGUAUAAGCUUAUGCUCGCUGACAGCGUCUUUCCCGAUAGGUACACCUUCCCGAUCGUUCUGAAAUCUUGCAUCAAGUUCUUUGGGAUCGGCGAAGCCAGGCAGCUUCAAGGUGCCGCAGUUAAGCUGCGGUUCUCGUGCGAUCUGUUUGUCCAGAAUGCAUUUGUUCAUGUAUAUGCAGUGUGUGAGGAAUAUGGUGAUGCAGGUCUCCUGUUUGACGAAAUGCCCAUUAAAGACGUGGUCUCCUGGACCAGUUUGAUCUCGGGAUAUGUGAAAGGUGGAUUAUUCGGAAAAGCUCUGCAAUUGUUUUCUCUGAUGGAUGUGGAGCCGAACAUUGCAACUCUAGUUAGCAUCAUCGUCGCCUGUGGGAGAUUGGGGGCUUUGAAUGUGGGCAGGGCAAUACAUGCAUUGAUAUUGAAGCAUGACUAUGGGUUGAGUCUGGUCGCUGGAAAUGCCCUUCUGGAUAUGUACUUGAAGUGCGAGUGUUUGGAGGAGGCCAGACAGAUCUUUGAUGAACUUCCUGAAAGGGACAUAGUUUCAUGGACUAGUUUUAUUAGUGGGUUAGUGCAAUGCAAGCUUCCCAAGGAAGCUAUGGAUGUUUUCAAUUCCAUGCAGGCUUCUGGAGUGGAGCCAGACAAUGUCACUCUAUGUAGUGUUCUGUCAGCUUGUGCGAGCUUGGGGGCAUUGUCUUCUGGGAGAUGGGUCCAUGAGUACAUAGAGCGAAAGGGCAUUCAGUGGGAUGUUCAUCUAGGGACCGCAAUGGUUGACAUGUACUCUAAGUGUGGAUGCGUAGAUAUGGCAGUGCACAGCUUUCAUGAGAUGCCACAUAAGAAUGUUACCUCGUGGAAUGCAUUGCUUGGUGCCCUAGCCACUCAUGGUCAUGGUAAUGAAGCUCUCAAGUACUUCGAACAAAUGGCGGGAGUUGGUGUCAUUCCUAAUGAGGUUACCUUUGUAGCUAUUCUUUGUGCAUGUUGUCAUUCUGGCUUAGUAAAAGAGGGUUGUCAUAUGUUUGAUUUGAUGACUAAAUCCUACAAACUUGUGCCAUGGAUAGAACACUAUGGAUGCAUGGUUGAUUUGCUUGGUAGAGCUGGGUUCAUAUCAGAAGCUUAUGGACUUGUUAGAUCCAUGCCAAUUAGAGCUGACACUUAUGUAUGGGGAGCUUUACUGAGCGCUUGCAAAGCUCAUGGAAAUGUGGAACUUUCUCAAGAAAUCCUAUGCCACCUUCUUGAGCUGGAGCCUUCUGACAGCGGCGUGUAUGUGCUCCUCUCUAACAUAUUUGCUGCAGAUUGUAGGUGGGCAGAUGUAACAAGGGUGAGGAGGCUGAUGAGGCAGAGCAGUGUAAAGAAAGAAACAGGAACCAGUAUUGUCGAGGUGAAUGGUGAAGCUCAUGAGUUUAUAGUUGGAGAGUUUCUCCACCCAUUGAAGGAGGACAUUUUGCUAGCCUUGUGUACUCUAGAUAAACAAUUGCAACAUGGUGACCUAUAGCAGGGAUUCAAAACUAG